GCGGCCAUGGCGACGGGCGGCGGCGGUGGCGGCAGCGAUGGCGCUGGGAGCAGAACGGGCGGACGGCGGGGAGCGGGGCUGAUUUGGGCUGAAAACAAGAGGCUGAGCAAGGCAACAGAGACGGUGGAGAAAAGGGGACCGUACAUCAUGAGCAAACCUCCCUCCCUUCAUGCCAAGCUCCAGCGGCAGCGGGAGCUGGCGAGGGCAGCGCUGCGAAGGCAGGGGCUGCUGGGGGGACCUGAGCCCCGCCACCCGAAGCUGGCAGCUAAAAGGUCGGUGAAAUUUAAGAAGGGCUACACAGCGCUCAGCCAGACAGUGGAUGAGAACCUGGUCUCCCUUGAUUCGGACAGUGACGGGGAGCUGGGAUCCAGAUGUUCCUCGGGCUACUCCUCCGCUGAGCAGGUGAACCAGGACCUGAGCCGGCAGCUGCUGCAGGACGGGUACCACCUCGAUGAGGUCCCUGAUGACGAAGAUCUGGAUCUCAUCCCCCCGAAACCCAUCACUUCCUCUUCUUGCCCCUGUUGUUUCGGAGAAAAUCUCUCUUGCGUGAUCCAGUAACCGGGAGGGCUGCACAAGAACAGGUCAAAAGCCAGCACUUUUCUUUGUCCUGUGGGAUGGCUGGUGGCACCCCUUGUCCCGCACCGGGAUGGUGCCGCGAGGGCCCAACGAUGCUGCGAUGCCGCCCGUGGUGAGCAGCGGCAACCAACCCACCAACCCCAAAGGACUUUUCCUGAGGCUCAGCAAUACCAGGGAGAGGUGGCACGGUGACAUUUAGGUGGCCUGGAUGGGACCUGUCACCUGGCUGGGGUGGGGAGGGAGGAGAGGCAGAGUCUGGGCACCUCCGGGGGGGGUGUAAAGGGAAGGAAUUGGGAGGUGCAGAAGCAAAUGCUCUUUGGUUUGCGUGACCUCCUCUUUUCCCCUUUUAAAUGGACAUGUCGAGGAUUACGACGUGUCCCCAGCCCCCUCCCUCCCUGAUGAAGAAGCGGUUGAUGGUGGCAUGGAACUGCUGUGGUGUGGGACUGGGCUGGGAAGCCCCCAGACCCCUUUUCUAUUUAUUUUGGCUUUUGUCACCCCCUCCUCCCUGGCAGGCUCAGGCCAGCUGGGGGUCAUCUGGGAGAGCUGCUUCAUUUACCUCUCUCAUGCUGCUUGCAAUUAAUUGCUGCUGGGUUCCCUCCUCCCAGUGCCUGGGCUGAUCCGAACCAAAGAUUGCGGCUCCGAUGGAGGACAUGGCGGGGGAACCCGUUGGAGCGGAUUGGGGCAGGCUGCUGAGCUUUAUGCGUCUGUGUGUGUUACAUCCACCAGCAGCUCCCGCUGGGGCUGGGACCUCCCCACUUUCCACCUCUCGAGGGACCUGUUCAGUUUGGGGUUUGGAGCUAAUGGCUUUUUCCAGGUCUGCCCAAAGCCACUUUGAUGCGGGUGAGGGGCAGCAUAGCCCCCCCCACCCCGGGCCAGCUCUGGGUGCAGAUUUGGGGAAUCUAUCUGCCGUGAACCUUAAAAGCUGCCUUAAAUCAUGGUCCUGCUCUACUACAUAGAAGACAAUCAGCUUCUUAUAAAGAAACCUUAUUUAAAUAUUUCAUGUUUAGAGAACUGAACUGGGUUUGGGGUUUUUUUGGUCUUUUCCUUGUUGAAGGGAGCACUCAAUAAACUGGAUCUCAUUCCUCG